AUGUGUUCAGGGAAUGGCCACUACGGCUACCCUGAGGCCACCAAAGACAGCCCCUGUCCUCAGCAGUUAGAGGAGCAGGUGCGGCUCCUGCAGCACCAGAAUGCCAGGCUCCGACAGCAGCAGCUGCAACUCGAGACGCAGGUCAAGGAGCAGACUCUACAGCUCAGGCAGCAGCAUGACGAAGAGAUGUCGCAGCGGGUCGCGAGACACGCCAGAGACAUGGCGGGCGUGGUCAUGCAGCACGAAGAGGAGAUGCGCCGCCUGAGUCAGAGAUACGAGAACCAGCUGGCCCUGGGCCCAACUCCGGCACUCCCAUGCCUUCCCCGGCCAGGGCAAGGCCGGUCUGGGGCACCAGAGACCGCGCUGGGCAAGGCGCCGAAACCAAAAGAGGCGCCGGCCAUCCGGCGCGCCCUUACCUGCGAGGAGUCUCGACUUGGCGCGGCGGGCAAGUGCGAGUCGGAUGCGGAGGUCGCCCGAUACAGACGGAAAGCGCAGAAGCUGAAAGCCAAGCGUGGGGAGGAGCUCCGCAGCAUCCGCGCCAAGGUUUGCCAAGGCAUGAUGCUGGUCUCCGAGCGCGAGGAGGCGGCCUGGCUUUGCGUCGUGCUGCGCGCCUGGCGCGGUCAGGCUGACCAUGCUUCUGAGGCUGCUGUAGCAGUGCCCAGUGCGCCUGAGUGGCCUCUGCUUCUGGCAGGAGAAGGGCCCGCAGUGCUUUCCUUGGCCCUGGCGCGCGGCGCGCUGACAGCCUUGGCGGCGCUGCGUGCCUGGCUGGCAGCUGUGGCCCUGAGCCGCCACGAGGCGGAGUUGCGAACCCAGCAGGACAAGGCCAUGUCUCGCAGCACCGCAGCAAUAGCAAUGCUGCGCAACGAGAGCCGGGCUCUGCGCUGCCAGGGCAGACGAGCUGCCAUGCGCGCAUCGCAGCGCUGGAUGCUUCUGACCAUGGCUCGGCCCUUCACGGCCUGGAAGGACAUCACGAAAGAGGCACGGCAUGCCAUGCGCUUUCAGACGCGGCAAGAGGAGACCGACCACAGCACCAUGACCGCCCUCCGGACUGCGAGGGCCGAGGUGCAGGCCUUCCGGAUGCUGGGACGUCGCAGGGCCGAAGUCGCCGCAUCCCGGAAAGCUCUCCUAACUUGCGCUCCGGUGUUGUCGGCUUGGAGGCAGCAGACGGACUCCGGCAAGACCUCGCGCCGGCUGCGCCCAGGGGAGGUGCUGCUGAACUCCGGCGAGGCCGCGAAAAGGGCUGAGAAGCAGCUUGCGGAGGUGCGCGCGCAAAGUGCUGAGCAGCUGGCGGAGCUGGAGAAGGAGAACGCGGAGCUGCGGAACGAAGCGUCGAAUGCGCGCAAGGCCUCCGGAGCUGCUGCUCGCCGCGAGGCGCGUGUGGAGAACAUCUCCCGGCGUCAUGAGCUGGCGGCAAAGCGCGGGGAGGAGCUUGCCGCCCUCCUCGCCUGCAUGAAGGCGUGGAUAGGUGAAGUGGUCCUUGCAAGGAGCACGGCGGCGCUUCGGAAGGAGGCCGAAGAACGUCUUGCCGAGUCCUUGGCCCGCGCCCGCCUGGAGAGCCGGGGCGCGCUGCACCGCGCCUGGAGUGGCUCCGGACCAGACAUCACCGCUUGCAUCAAGGUUUCAUGCUUCCAGAGUGCCCACGCCGCUUUCCGGGCAAGCAGCCCAGCAACGCGAACGAAUCGACCGUGGGCGCGUUGA